AUGAAGGGCUUGGUUCUCACUGUCUCUCUGCUCUCCGUCCUGCUGGCCGCCGUCUCAGAGGUGGGGAGCGAGGGGAAAGUGAAGCUCUGCGGGCUGGAGUACGUGCGAACAGUCGUCUACAUCUGUGCCACCUCCCGCUGGAGAAGGCACCUGGAGGGGAACCCACAAGCACAGGAAGCUGAGAGAAGAAACGACUUCCCUCUCCCAAAUACACACGAGGUUUCUGGGGGAAACCCAGCGUACGACCUUCUGAAGGUGGAUUUCUCGGGGAAGGAACAGCUCCAGAAUGAGCAGAUGCCCAGUGAGGAGCUCUCAGAGCCGAAGCAGCGUUCGGUGAUGUCAAGACAGGAAUUGCAAACUCUGUGUUGCACUGGCGGCUGUUCCAUGGCUGAUCUGAGUGCUCUUUGUUAA